UGUACGGAGUGCUUGGGCGGUGAAAUUUUAGUUGAAUUUUCCUACUCUGCUCAUUGCUCCUCUCUCUCUGUCGUAGGUUGACGAUGUUGAAAGAACGAGGCGUCUUGCCGAAACUUUCCUUCUUCGUCCCGACGUUCGCAAUCGCUGCAGCUAUCGUCGGCGGCAGUGGCGACGUGGGCGAACGCUGCUUGAGCGUUCUGAUGGAUGUCGACACCGGCAGCGACGAUGCCCUGGCCAUCGCGCUGGCCGCGAGCCUGCCCAACGUGUGCAUCGAGGCUGUAACCGUCGUUGAGGGCAACAGGAACCUGUCUACUGCCUACGAUAACACGUUGAAAGUUCUGAGCGUUUUGAACCGGACAGACGUACCGGUCUACAGGGGCGCAGACCAACCGAUCCGCAACCACUGGAACUACAUGAACGACUACUUUGUAAGCGGCUCCUCCAAUGACCUGCAAACGCCUGCAUUCCUCGAAAUGAUUGAACUGGUCAAGAAAGGUCUACAGACGCUGAUAAUAUUGGCCCCUUUGACUAACGUGGCGACUGCGCUGCUCAUUGAACCGGACUUGCUGAGCAACGCCGAGCAUGUCUACAUUAUGGGCGGUAACCUUUACGGUGUGGGCAACGCACUCCCGGCUGCUGAGUUCAACUUCUUCACAGACCCCGAAGCCGCAAGGGCUUUUCUCGAGAGGGUCACUUGUCCCGUCACCAUAGUUCCUUGGGAAGCCUGCCUCCAGGGAAUGGUGCCAUGGGACACGUACUGCAGCGUCGCGAACAAGACGGGUCCGCUGCAGGAGUUCCUGCGGAACGUCACUGCCGGCAACUAUCAGUACUGCCCCAGUGGCAAAGACGGAAGCAGAGGCGUCAACGUGAGCGACUUUCUCACGCUCCUAGCCGCGGUGGCUCCCGAGAGCGUCGCAAGGACUCUCGAACACCGCGUAGACGUCGAACUCGCCGGUGUCUACACGAGGGGCCAGCUCGUCCAUGCCUGGGAGCCACAGAUGCUUCCACACGUGAAACGGAACGUCACCAUCGUUGAGCGUUUCGACGACAGCAUCGUCACCAAGUACUUCAGGGACACAUUCGACCCGCCAGAACGUGGAGCCUGACCGAAAUAUUUCCUCAGGGGUUUACGCAGCGCUUAAGAGGGUAUUCUGAUCCUGCACGCGGUGAUAUACUCUUAUUAAUGCGAAGCAUUUCUUGUCUCAUUCCGGGGGGCCAUUAGGUCGGUAGGUAGGUAGGUAGGUCCAGAGUCAUUUAACA